GGAACAAAAAUCGAGAUGUAACAGCAAAGGAGGCAUCAAUGAAAGGACGACAAUAAGAAGAAAAGACAAUCCUAAGUCAUUGUUCUUAUGCUGCCACCAUGAUAUGUGUAAUCACAUAGAAAGUCCACAAACGAAAAAUAUUAUCAACAACACUCUAUUAGGAGACGUUGCUGAAGAUUCAGACAACAGAUUCCAGCAACAACAGCAAGAACCCUUUCUGUAUUCCAAUUCAGAAGUGUGGUUUAGGGCUGCCACCAUUGCUGUCCCCAUCUGUGGAGCUGUGAUUCUUUUCGUGCUCAUCGCUCUGGCUGUGAAGAUACUUAAAAGUGAACACCAAAAUUCUGCCAUUCGCAAACUGGGGCCUGCAAUGUAUGCUCAUCCUGUGCCACCACAGUGCAAGGCUACCAAUGAGAAAUAUGGUCACCAGGAUCACUUUGAACGAACGUAUGACAAUUUGUUAAAAAAAGAAUACGUCGUUCCAACGCAACACCAGAAUAUAUUCUACUCGAACCAAAAUGAGGAUUUCCAGCGUCAGAUUCAUGUACCACUUUUAGUACAGAACGAACUGCUUCCCAGCAACAGUGGAAAAGUUUAUGAAAAAAACGAGAGACCCAAUUUGAUUGGUUGUGAUACAGAUUCCGCCAAAUCAAUCAUAUUGGAGAUCGAAAAGAAUACAGACAUUUGUUUGGAUAAAAAUAUAAAUAGUAACGUUAAAUACCCUGGAGAUAUCGAUAAGUUUUGUUUGGAAAAAGCGUACUUAUCGUAGUUUUAAAAACUGGAUGUGCGUUUUUAAAUAGACUGUUUCUUUGUUUAUCACUGUACUUAAAAUUGUUCGAGAACCAAAAACAGAUGUUCUCGGUUUUCGUAACUCAUAAGGAGCGUAUUUUUUUUAUCUGGAUGUGCCUUAUGUGUUGGGUCAAGAGUUAAUUCAAUUUGAUUUCGAAAAGGUUAAACUUGUUUCCAUUUCUUAACCUUUUUUGCAUUGAAUUAAAGGCUGUGAAAAUAUAUCCAAUAUAAAUCCUGCGAUAAGCAUAUAGUAUAUUUAAGAGAGAUUGCGAAUUAUCUGAAGUUACUGAAUGACUGAAUCAUAGAUACCCUAUUUUGAUAGUCGUCUUUAUAACCACCGUUUUGUGUGAAGUAACAAGGGGUAGGGAUUUCAAGUAUUUUUUUAACAAAAAAAAAAUUGUAUAAAAUUUUCAUUAUUACGAAUAUAUAUAAAAAAAUAUUUUGUAGCGUACCGUUUCCAUUUAAUUUGUACUUAUUUAAAUAUUAUGUGUACUCGUGUAAAUCCUUAAUCCCUUUUCUGUGUAUUUCACGACAUAUUUUGUCAAUAAUUACACAAUAUUUCAUGAAUAGAAAUGUGAUGUCUUACUAACAAUAAUUGUAUGGACAAUAAGUUAAAGGACUGCUCAAGAGUAAUCUAAAUAUGUUGUAUAUAUGUAUAGUUUUGUACUUAUCUUUUAUUUAACUUCGUUUCUUUUUUUUUCGUAAGUUACUUUAUACUGUGUGUACAUUACCGCUUAUUUAUUGUAUUAUUUUCUGUAUAAUCGUAUAGUUCUUAAUGAAAACUGUGUAGCUGUAUUAAGUGAAAUAUAUUUCUCUA